AUUGGCGGGAAAUUCAUAUUAUUAUUACUAUUAUUAUUAUAUCCAUUAUCAUUAAUGAUCUGCCGCCUGAUCCGUUCAGUUGGCAGCGGCGGUCGGGCGGCCCCAGCGGUGCCAAUCGACCGAAGAAAUGCGUGGGGACAUAUUUCUAUUUUCAAUUUUCAUUGUUCCACCGACGACACGGAGCGCGCGUCACUGCGACAGUGUUGUUAUUAUUGCAGUCGUCCGUGGUUGCCGACGACGUCCGACUGUCCGAGUGGUAUUUUUUUACAUCUACACUACCGUCUGCUACGGUGUACCAGUGUACCACUACUUCUACUACCGUCUAUCGCCGCCGACGUAUACAACAACUACUACCACUACUGCGGUGUUGUGUAAUCCUCGUGUGCGGCUGCUAGUGGGACUGUGGAAGUGUGAGCGUGUAGUGCAAGGAGGAAAACAAUAAUAAUAAUUAAUAUUUUAUAACAAUAAUAAUUAAAAAUAAUCGCACGCAAGACGCCGUGCGCUUCGGACACUGCGGCCUACCAUCGAGGAGUUUACUUCUGACCGGCGGUCAACGAGAAGGAGAAGGAGGAGUGGGACGACGACGGCUAGAGGAUUAGGACGAGGGUGAGGACGACAAACGCCGCGGUCACUGCAGCCCUACCGGAGGAGAAGCUCUACCCGAAAUUUAUACUGUGCACAAUCGCCAAGAUGGCUGACAACUGCUGCGUUUCGCAGAAUGACAAUUUCAUUUGUGGUGUUGUUGAAGGAUUUUAUGGAAGACCAUGGACUACUGAACAACGUAAAGACUUGUUUCAAAAGUUAAAAAAAUGGGGAGUAGGGUGUUAUGUGUAUGCACCCAAAGAUGAUUACAAACACAGGGCAUAUUGGAGAGAUUUGUAUACAGUUGAAGAAGCCGAACAGUUAGGUGGCUUAAUAAGUGCCGCUAGAGAUUGUGGUGUUACUCUCUAUUAUGCCUUGUCUCCAGGACUUGACAUGACUUAUAGUAGCCAAAAAGAAAUAGCUACUCUCAAACGAAAAUUGGAUCAAGUCGCUCAAUGUGGUUGUAAAGCUUUUGCCCUAUUGUUUGACGACAUAGAACCGGAUAUGUCACCAGCUGAUAAAGAAGUGUUUCAAUCGUUUGCGCAUGCUCAGGUGUCAAUUACCAAUGAAAUAUUUCAGCAUCUGGGUCAACCUAAAUUUUUAGUGUGUCCAACUCAAUAUUGCUCAGCACGUGCUGUACCAAAUGUUCAAAAUUCUGAUUAUUUAAAUACUUUGGGCUCUAAGUUGGCACCUCAAAUAGACAUAAUGUGGACCGGACAAAAAGUUAUAUCACGUUCAUUAACUACCGAAUCUAUUAGAGAAAUCACUGAAGUAUUGAGGCGACCUCCUGUAAUAUGGGACAAUUUGCAUGCUAAUGACUAUGACCAAAAGCGUGUCUUCUUAGGGCCAUAUCAAGGACGUUCUCCGGACUUAAUUUCACAAUUAAGAGGAGUAUUGACUAAUCCAAACUGUGAAUAUGGUGCUAACUUUGUAGCUAUUCAUACAUUGGCUCAAUGGAGUAAAUGCACUUCUGAUCCUCCAUUAAUCACACAUGACAAUGAAAGUAUGAAAUUAGAGACUGAGAGUGAUGAAGAAGGUAUCAUUGAUCUUCCAGAGAAUAUUUACCAUUCGAGAAGAGCAUUACGUAUAGCAAUAAAAGAAUGGAUUCCAGAAUUUCGCAGACAGAAACAAGCUCAUGGUCCUAUUAUCAAACCUCAACCUACCAUAUCGAUCAUGUCUCCUGUGGCAAUUCCCCUUGCAUCAUUUAACACGUGUAUGGCGACUUCAACCACCACCAUUACAACGUCUACAUCUACUGCACCAUUAUCUUUGUCUACAACUAAUAAUGUUGAGUCAAUUUCAUCAGCUACUGUUAAUGGUAGCCCUACUAAUGUCUUACAAACGGCAGUAGCUGUUACCUUGAAUCCACCCUUAGUGAUAAUGAAUUCUUUGGUGUCCGAAAGCAAAGUCAUCAGCGAGCCUAUGGACUGUAACAUGUCACCGGCGCCAUCACCGCAGAGUUCAGAUACAGCCAUGAACACCGAUAAUGGAUCAAGUGUUUCAAUGCAAGUGGAAACGCCUAGUCCAAGUGUGGAUAUGGUUGUGGAUGUGAUACAAGAUCAAAAACAUUCAUAUGAAAGGUAUGAUUGUGAGUUAAAUUAUGAAUUUUUUUAUUUAUAUUACUAUUUUUUUGAUAUUAGAGAUCUAACAGAAGAAGAUUUAUUGCUAAUGUGCGAUUUAUUUUAUUUACCAUUUGAACAUGGUCCUCAAAGUGUUCAAUAUUUAACAGAAUUUAAUUGGCUUAAAAGCAAUGCUUAUUUGGUUUCCAAUGAAAAUCUUCGAAAAUCAAAGAAAAAAGAUUCAACUGACUCUAAACCUGAAAUCGAAGAAUGGUAUGAAAGAGCAAAGAGAAUGGAUGAAUUAACGGAACAAGUUAAUGAGCUAUUCCAAAGACUGACGUUUAGUGCCAAUAGAGAACUCGUUCACGACCUAUAUCCUUAUGUUUGGGAUGUUAGGUGUGUUAUAUCAUUACUAAACUUCUAUGUAAAAUGGCUUUCUGAAGGCCAUUUCCCACAAUCAAUCACAAAUUAUACUCUUGGGUCUUAUACAUGGUUUUCAAAAGGAUGGAAAGAAAGCUUUAUGAGUGGUGACCAAGAACCCUGGGUUUUUAGAGGUGGUUUAGUUGCUGAUUUACAACGGUUAAUGCCAGUUGAUGCUGGUUCUGAUUUAUUUAUAUAUAAACCUCCCGAUACACCUACAAAUAAAAUGUACAAUGUACGACCAUAUACUUUUGAAGAUGAGUCUGCUGUAUACAAUAUUUGCCGGUGUACAUGUUAUACAAGCAUUGAUGACCAUAGUAUAAACAAAUCUGAUUUACCUGACUUAAUACCUGAUAGACUUGUUGGUUCAUAUUUAACAUUUAGUCCAGAACUUUGUUUUGUCGUAGAAGACAAUGGCACUGUCAUAGGUUAUGCAUUAGCUGCUUUAAAUGCAAAAGAAUUUUAUCAAAAAUUACAAGUAUCGUGGUUUCCUGAAAUGUGUUCAAAAUAUCCAUUGGAUAAUUCCACUGAAGAAAUACAGUCAGCUUCGCAAGAAAUCAUAAAUUGGUUUCAUUCGUUCGAUAUUAAUCAAGAAUUGCCAGAUUCCAAUGCUCUGUCUCAACAUCAAUCAGUUAUGACCUAUGCAACAUUACCUGUGAACAAUGAUGCAUCAGUAUCCAAACGAUUAAUUAUUUGUCUUCUAGCAGCAUUAAGAGCUAAUGGGUCAUUCGGUGUCCAUGUACCUUUGAGAACAAAAGAUCAACAAACAUUGGAAUUUUAUACAAAAAUGGGAUUUAUGGAAAUUUCGCAAGGGUCUAAUCUAAAUCCUGGCUUUACAUACGUAGGACGUGUUUUUUGAAAUAUUCUUCCGUCUUACAUUGCUGCCAAUAAAUGUUAAAUAUAUUAAUGAAAAUGCAUACAUGGUGAUACCAUUAUAGUAAUAAUUUUAAUUUAUUGAUGUUAAAUACAUUAUUAUACUUGUUAUUACUAAUUUCAGUAAAUGCUUACACACAAAAUAGUCCAGUUUAGGUUACCUAAGUUAUUUGAAGGAAAUUUAAAUUAUCAUGAGCUUGAAAUUUUUUUUUAUUUUUUCUAAUUGAUUUGUAAGCGUUAAACAUUACACAAUUGAUAAUUUUAUAGAUUGUCUGUCAUUUUUUUCAUUAUUUAAUAUUUUAGUUAUUUUAAGGUCUUAUUACAUUUUGUAUGUUGUUUUGUAUGAAAAUAAUAAUAAAAUAAAAUAAAAUAAAUUUUUUUUAUGUGACUACAUUUUAAGGAUUAAAUAUUGGUUUUAUUGUGUAUUUUCUGUCAAACAUGUUUAAAUAUGAUUUAUUCAUAUCAAGUAUAUAAUAUAUUAUUUAUUUAUACUAUUUUAAAU